UUGGGUUGCAAGUGCUGUAAAACUCUUACGAAAAAAAAACCCCUCCCCUUUUUAUGGUCUCAGGAUGUGCGCAUCACGUUCAGUUUUCUGACGUCAUUUCCGCACGCACCGUGACGAACGCUCACUCGCACAACCGGAAGUGCCUUUGUAGAACGUCCUUCCUGUCUUGCUCACACUUGUCGUCUGUUCAUCACAAAAAGACAGACGGCAGAUAACGGAGAAUAACGGCAGUGGUGGCUCCGCACUAGAUCCCCUAGAUCUAGAUCAUAAAACAAGUUUGCAAUUUCCGACUGUUCCGGCCGUCAAGAAAGGUGAAGGUAUUUCUACAGCAAAGACCAAGGCACGCUCUCUCGUUGACUCACUCAGUACUCAGUGCUGUCUUCGUCACAGGUCGUUAUCACUCCUCCUGCCACUGAGAUACACUUCUUGGGGAAAGCUUCCUCGAACAACAAAAAUCCACAAAACAAUUAAAGUCCAGUGAGAAAAACCACAAACAAAACAAUAAACGUAAUUGAAAAACAAGAUAAAAAGCAAAAUAAUAAACACCCUUGAAAAAAACAACAGUUAAAGAAUAAAGUUUAACGUCCUUGGAAGAAUUCCCAAACAAAACAAUAAACGUCCUUGAAGAAACGUAACAAAAUAAUAAACGUCAUUGGAAAAACAAACAAAAACAACGCAAUAAAUGUCCUGGAAAAAACCCAAACAGAAUAGUAAACGUCCUGGAAAAAAACGAACGAUAAACGUCUAAGGAAAAACCCAAACAAAACCCCAAAAAAACAUCCGUCCUACGGUAAAAAAACAAAAAACAAAACAAAAGCAAAAACAACAUACUAUCUAAUUUGAAAGUGGAACCCACAUCCAUGGAGGAGGUGGAGGAGACGCUAGAGCUGCACCAGCUGGACAGCCUGGACUGUCCCUUCCACCAGCACCUGCUGCGAGCCCUGGGACAUCUGUGUGAGGACCUACAGGAGCUGGUGCAGCAGGCCGAGGGGCGGGGCCAGGAGGGGGAGGAGCUGGAGCUGCUCAAGGGCGGAGUUUGGGAGGUAGACGAGCUGAUCGAGAGAGGUCACGAGCUGAACUGCCGGAUUGGCUACAACGCCCUGGAGAGGAAGCUGGAGGAGACGUUUACCAGUACGGAGAAAUAUACCACCAUGGAGAGUGCCAGGUGCUUUAAAGGGAAAAGAUCACGGACCUGUUCGAGAACUACGAGAGAGACCGGGAACAUUACGUCAAGGAGCUUGACCUGUUUGCUGACGUCAGAAGGAUCAGAAUAUCGUCCUGGCUAGCAGCUCAGAUGGGCGGAGCCAGACGUUGGAAGCCCCGCCCACCAGGAGGCCGACUCUAGCUUGAGUGACGUGCCUGAUCCCGCCCUGGCCUUCUCCUCUAGUUCCUCCUCUCAGGACGAGGUCAAGGUCAUGACCUCUACGUGCGGGGACGUCCCAUCUGUUAUGGCACUGG